CACUCGUUAAAUACGCAGUGAAAACUCAAUCUUAUUUACAUUACCUUUUGUAAACACAACCUACACAAGAAAAUUCAAAAAAAUAAUUAUUUACAGCUUAUUUGAACAACUAUAUUUUUUUAAUACGAAAAUGUCUUUAACCAGAUUACUUCCAGCCCCUGUUCAAUUAAUGACACUUCAUGAUGACAAUGAUGACGAGUUAGAAGCUGCUUAUUAUGGUGGUAAUCAGAUGUCACUGGCCUCCUAUGGCCCUCCACCAUAUGGUCACCGUGCUGGUUGGGUACCACGAAGACAAGAGGAUUUCGGAGAUGGUGGAGCAUAUCCAGAAAUAAUGGUUGCACAGUUCCCCCUUGGAAUGGGAAGAGAAUGGAGAGAAACAUCAAACGCUCUUCCAGUUAUAAUGGAUGCUGAAGGAAAGAUCAAAUUUGACAGCUUAUUACGUCAAUCUCAACCAAAAAAUAAAAUAAUACAUUCUAGGUUUGAAGAUCUUGUUGAAAAGCAAGUCAAAGCAGAAGAUGAUCCUGAACUUGCUCGACCUGAUGAAGAAAAGAUGCAAGAGAUUGCUGAAAAAACAAGGCAAGCAUUAGAGCUAGAGGUUAAUUCGAAAAUAGCAGCUGCUCAACCAACACAAGUUGCACAGAAAACUGCUCCAGCUCAAUAUAUUAGAUAUACCCCAUCUCAUGGAGGUGUGAUGUUUAACUCUGGUGCAAAACAACGUGUAAUUCGAAUGGUUGAACAGCAGAAAGAUCCAAUGGAGCCUCCGCGUUUUAAAACAAAUACGAAAAUUCCUAGAGGUCCACCAUCUCCUCCUGCUCCAGUUAUGCACUCUCCAACUAGAAAAACAAGUGUGAAAGAACAACAAGAGUGGAAAAUUCCUCCAUGUAUAUCAAACUGGAAAAAUCCUAAAGGUUACACAAUUCCUUUGGAUAAAAGAUUAGCUGCAGAUGGUAGAGGACUUCAAGAUCCCACUAUCAAUGAUAAAUUUGCCAAGCUGGCUGAAUCAUUAUAUAUUGCUGACAGAAAGGCUAGAGAGGCUGUAGAAACAAGAGCAAAUCUUGAAAGGAAACUAGCUCAACAAGAACAAAUGAAAAAGGAAACUAAAUUAAGGGAACUUGCAGAGAAAGCAAGGCAGGAACGAUCUGGUUUACAUACAGCAUCAAAAAAUGCUGAUGAAGCUGAGCGAGAUGCUGUUCGGAAAGAUAGACAAAGAGAACGAGAACGAGACAAAAGAAUAUCAAAAGCAGGAGCAGAAAAAAAAUCAAAAAAUAUUCGUGACAAAGAUCGAGACAUCAGUGAAAAAAUUGCACUGGGACUACCAAAUACUGGUGUAUCUCAAGAAGCUAUGUAUGAUCAAAGACUAUUCAAUACUAAUGAGGGAAUGGACAGUGGGUUUGGUGAAGAUGAUAGUUAUAAUGUAUAUGAUCAACCUUGGCGAAAAACAGAUGCUGUUUCAUCAAUAUAUAGACCUUCAAAAAAUAUUGAUAAAGAUCUAUAUGGAGAUGACAUCGAUAGUUUAAUUAAAAGCUCUAAGCGAUUUACUGCUGACAAAGAAUUUGCUGGGUCAGAUCGAAAUCAAGUACGAGAUGGUCCAGUUCAGUUUGAAAAAGAAGAAGAAGAUCCAUUUCAACUUGAUAAAUUUUUGCAAGAUGCUAAACGUGGUGGAAAACGAACAGAUAAAUCUGAUAAAGACCAUGAUAAAUCUUCUAAGCGCCCGAAGCAUUAAAAGGAAAUUAUAAUUAAAGAAUUAUUUGUGGAUUUUUUUACUUCUGUUAAAAGAUUGCAUAAUUCAUAAGACUAUACUACUAUGUUAAACUUAUGAAGCCACCAAUGUGGAUUGAAUUAAAAUUAAUUUGUUGUAAUAUUGGUUAUAUAUGUAAAUAAAUACUGAUGUAAAA